AAUCCUAUAAAUAGCAAUUCCCCAUUCCCAAUCAUCUUCCACUCUCACUUUUCAACCAUCUGAAAAAAGUAACCCUCUGAAGAACAAUCCCCACACCAGAUAAGGGCAAAAGGACAAAAUCGGAAACGAAAAUGGCGCAGCUAGCAGAAACAUUCGCGUGCGUGCCGUCGACGGAACGCGGCCGGGGCAUCCUGAUAUCGGGCGACCCGAAAUCCAAUUCAAUACUGUAUUGCAACGGGCGAUCCGUCAUCAUUAGGUAUCUCGACCGUCCGUUGGAGGUCCAGGUGUACGGCGAGCACGGCUACCCUGCCACGGUGGCGCGGUACUCGCCCAACGGAGAGUGGAUCGCGUCUGCUGACGUGUCGGGUACGGUGCGGAUCUGGGGGACCCGCAACGAGUUCGUCCUGAAGAAGGAGUUCAGGGUACUUUCGGGUCGGAUCGACGACCUUCAGUGGUCCCCUGAUGGGGAACGCAUUGUCGCCUCCGGUGACGGCAAGGGCAAAUCCUUGGUUCGCGCCUUUAUGUGGGACUCAGGAACUAAUGUUGGAGAGUUUGAUGGGCACUCGAAAAGAGUUUUAAGUUGUGCAUUUAAGCCAACAAGACCAUUCCGAAUCGUAACAUGCGGCGAGGACUUUUUGGUUAACUUCUAUGAAGGACCUCCAUUUAAGUUCAAGCUGUCUCAUAGGGAUCAUUCAAAUUUUGUAAAUUGCGUUCGUUUUUCACCAGAUGGGACGAAAUUUAUCACAGUAAGCUCUGACAAAAAGGGUAUAAUAUUUGAUGCGAAAACUGCAGACAUAAUUGGAGAGCUAUCUUCUGAGGAUGGCCACAAAGGCAGCAUAUACGCAAUUAGUUGGAGUCCUGACAGUAAACAGGUGCUAACAGUGUCUGCCGACAAGUCUGCCAAAGUGUGGGAGAUAUCGGGUGAUAAUAAUGGAAAGGUGCUGAAAACAUUGACAUGUCCCGGUUCUGGUGGAGUGGAUGACAUGUUAGUUGGCUGUCUCUGGCAGAAUAAUCACAUCGUCACUGUUUCUCUUGGCGGCACUAUUUAUUUGUACUCGGCCACCGAUCUUGAUAAAGCUCCCCUCGAACUAUCUGGGCACAUGAAAAAUGUCAGUUCACUGGCGGUGCUGAAAAGCGACACGAAAUUUAUACUGUCCAGCAGUUAUGAUGGCUUGAUAGUUAAGUGGGUCCAGGGUACUGGAUACUAUGGAAAAUUGGAGAGGAAGGGGAUUUCUCAGAUUAAAUGUUUCGCUGCUGUUGAAGAAGAAAUUGUGUCAUCCGGAUUCGACAAUAAGGUUUGGAGAACUUCUCUACAAGGAGACCAAUGUGGGGAUUCAGAUAGCAUCGAUAUUGGCAAUCAGCCAAAGGACUUGAGUCUGGCCCUUCUUUCUCCUGAUCUUGCAUUGAUUGCAACGGAGACCGGUGUUACGCUACUUCGCGGUACAAAAGUUGUGUCCACUAUCGACCUUGGAUUUACGGCUACAGCAUGUACUAUUUCACCGAACGGAACUGAAGCAAUUGUGGGUGGUCAGGAUGGAAAAUUGCAUGUCUACUCUGUCACAGGUGAUACUCUGAAAGAAGAGGCUGUUCUUGAGAAACACCGUGGAGCCGUCACUGUCAUUCGCUAUUCUCCAGAUGUUUCCAUGUUUGCUUCGGGUGAUGCUAAUCGAGAAGCUGUUGUUUGGGAUUGUGCUUCCCGAGAGGUGAAGGUUAAAAAUAUGCUAUACCAUACGGCCCGAAUAAACUGCUUGGCUUGGUCUCCAAAUAGCAGCAUGGUUGGGACUGGAUCACUCGACACUUGUGUAAUUGUGUAUGAAGUAGAGAAGCCAGCUUCUAGUCGGACAACGAUAAAGGGAGCUCAUUUGGGCGGAGUUUAUGGUUUGGUUUUUACUGAUGACGAAACUGUCGUUAGUUCUGGUGAGGAUGCUUGUAUCCGUUUGUGGAAGAUUACACCUCAGUAAACGCUUACAACUUGAUUCUUCGUUUCCUGUAAGUGUGGGGAAGAAACAACAUUAGCCUAUAUUAUUCAUAAACGAGGCACACAAUACCAGUGUUAAAUGAACAACUCUCUCUUGGCGCCGUUUUUAAGUAGGAGUGUAGAGAGAUUUGUUACUUCUUUUGUUUGAAUUGUUAUUUGGUUUUUUGUUGUCUUGUUGCUAUUUUUUAUUUUGUAAUUAGUUAUUUGCAAAUGGUGGUUUGCUUUUUUGGAGUUCAUUACGUACAAGUCACAAGAUGAUCUUUCAGUUCCUACAUGUUUAUGAAGUAACUAAUGGAAUUAUUUGGAUUUCGUUUUUUGACAA